GCAAAGCAAUAUUCCACAGCAGUAAGCGUGAUCACAUUUCAACAGUUAUGGCAUUGCGCGCUCAGUUCGAAAACAAUGACGAUAUCGGUGUGUUUAGCAAACUGACCAACUCGUACUGCUUGGUCGCGAUCGGAGGAUCAGAAGCUUUUUACAGUGUCUACGAAUCAGAACUUGCGGACGUUAUUCCUGUGGUACACGCAAGCAUUGCUGGAUGCCGCAUAAUAGGCCGGUUGUCGGUUGGAAAUAAGAAUGGGCUCGUUGUUCCAAACAGUACCACAGACGUCGAAUUGCAACACUUGCGAAACUCCCUCCCAGACUCGGUAAAAAUUCAUCGGGUUGAGGAACGCCUUUCGGCGCUGGGAAAUGUGAUUGCUUGCAAUGACUACGUAGCUUUGGUGCAUCCGGACAUCGAUAAGGAAACGGAAGAAAUCGUUGCCGACACACUCGGCGUAGAGGUUUACCGCCAGAUCGUCGCCAACAAUGUACUGGUGGGAGCGUACUCCGUGCUGAGUAAUCAGGGCGGGUUGGUGCACCCCAAAACACCUAGCCAGGAUCUGGAUGAGCUGGCGUCGUUGCUACAGAUUCCACUGGUGGCUGGCACGGUGAACCGGGGCAGUGAAGUGCUUGCAGCGGGCAUGGUUGUAAACGAUUGGUGUGCGUUCUGCGGCUUAUCGACGACAUCGACGGAACUGUCCGUGGUGGAAAGUGUGUUCAAACUUAACGAAGCGCAACCAACCAAUGUGACCAACAACCUCAGGGCAUCACUAAUUGAAGCUAUGUCGUAAAACUGCAACCAGUUAUAGAGAAGCAGAAAGAGAGACCAGCCACCAUCGGUUUGGCUGGCGAUCUAAUUCUUACGGUGAGUGGAUGAAAAAGCAGAAUGUUAAAACUAACCACGAACACGAAAACGGUGGCGAAUUGCAAGAUACAAUAUAAAUGUAUACAAGA